CUUCUGUGUUCUCCGAUCGUGAAACUGUCCCAUUUGAUCUGCCCCUCCCCCCUCGUCCAAAUUUCGCAGAAAUUGGAAGAAGAUGGCUGCAAGAGGAUCGAGGAAAGUCUGGAAGCGGAACAGUUCGCUCGGAAGACCGGGGUCAAGCCGAAAAAGACCGAGGACGAGAUCGAGAAGACCGAGGACCGAGAACGAGCGUUCGAGAAAGAUCUCGAGAAUGUCGCCGAGGACCCGGAGAUGGCCCGGGCGUACGUCGAGUGGCUGAAAUGUCGGAAAAAACGGGCGACCACCGUGUCGGCCCUGAACGCGAAGAUGCAGAAGACGUUGUUGCAUCGGUUGUGGGAGCGCAUUUCCUGGGACCAGGAGCAGACGUUCGACGAGGCGAUCGCUGGUCGAACACUGGAACAGUCUAGGUACGAGAAGCAGAUGAUGACGAAGCUGUGCGAGGUGUGGGACCAGAAGAACGUGAUGCUGGAGAACCAGAAGAUCAUAGAGGACAUGACGGAGGAGGCGAACGAGGUGGAGUAUUUGGCGAGUCUGGAGCGAGGAAAGGACAGGGCGUCGAAGUUGCAGCGGGACGCGGAGGCGGAGUGCCAGAGGAUGUGCGAGCUGCGGCAGCGGAUCGCCGAGGAGAAGGUGCGGAAGCUGCGGGAGAAGCACCACGCGUUGUGCCGCGAGACGGUGCAGGAGAUAGUCGACCUGGUGCUGAAGAUCGAGGACUACCGGCAGCUGAACAACGGGAUCGUGCCGCAGACGAUCCUGCGCGAGUGGAUCGUCAAGUUCCUGAAGGGCGAGCCGCUCGGCGACCCGCUUUCGGACGAGGCGGACGAGAAAAGGUACAGCGAGCUGGCGAUCGAGGAGGCGUCGCGCGCCAAGCUGGAGCAGAUCGAGAUCCUGCGGGAGGCUCUGCUCGAGGACUACCUGGAGAUGAAGCCGCCCUGGGACCUGCACACUUCGGGGCCCGGGACCGGCGAGACGGACGCGAUGCGACUCGGCCGUUUCGUUCUCGGCUACAUCGUGCACCGUCUCCUCAACUACGUUCAUCCGCGGUCCAGCGACCCCGCCGCGGCCGCUCUGCCGGCUCUGCCCGUCAAGCUGGACAACGUCGCCGUCAUCCUCGGGAUCUCCAGCCCGACGGUGCACGAGUCGCUGCGCGAGCUGCUGGACCGCUGCGAGAUCCGGCUGGUGCGCAUGGAGGACGCGAUCAAUUACUGUCUGGACCGGUACAAGAACGAGAUGCUGGACGUCGACCGCGUCGACUCGAAGAUCGUGGCGGCGACCGACCGGUUCGUCGAGGAACUCGAGACCAGCAAGCAACGGAUCUCCUGCGCCAAGUUCAGGAUCGAGUCCAGGACCGACGAGCUACAUCUGGGACGGCGCAGCCGCUCGACCUCGUUGAUGAGGCGCAACCGACGCGGCUCCGACGAGCUGAAGAAGCACGAGGACAAGCAGACGCAGACGCCCAGGAACUUGCCGUACGACGACAUGGACCCGCAGCUGACCGACGCCGCGUACAUCGGUAAAUGGGCGUACGAGUUCCUGCAGCUGGGCCAGCCGAUCACGAACGAUCUCUCGACCAAGAUCAUGAUCGAGUACCUGAGGACGCUGACGGACGCGAAGGGCUGGGCCCUGAUCGACUAUCCGAUCACGUACGAGCAAAUGUCGCUGCUGGAGACUGCGUUGACCGGCUUCAAGAUCCCGCCGGACCCGGAGACGUUGGAGUUCGAGAACAUCACGGUGGAGGACGUGCAGUCGUUGUCGCCGAGGAUCGUUUACGACGCCGGGAUCGAUCCGAUCGACGCAUACAGGCAACGAAAUAUCAAUCCGCCGGACUCCCNAAAUAAAAUAGAAAUAUCCGACGAAACUCGUCGCUUGACAAAAUUGUAUUGCGCCGCAGGUAAAUGGGCGUACGAGUUCCUGCAGCUGGGCCAGCCGAUCACGAACGAUCUCUCGACCAAGAUCAUGAUCGAGUACCUGAGGACGCUGACGGACGCGAAGGGCUGGGCCCUGAUCGACUAUCCGAUCACGUACGAGCAAAUGUCGCUGCUGGAGACUGCGUUGACCGGCUUCAAGAUCCCGCCGGACCCGGAGACGUUGGAGUUCGAGAACAUCACGGUGGAGGACGUGCAGUCGUUGUCGCCGAGGAUCGUUUACGACGCCGGGAUCGAUCCGAUCGACGCAUACAGGCAACGAAAUAUCAAUCCGCCGGACUCCCGCUCGGACAUCGCGCCGCUCCGUUCCGUCGUUCUGAUCCGCGCGGUUCGUUUCAGACAGUCGAGACUGGUGCCGACGCCGAUCAAGCGAAUCCGGGACAUCCCGACGCCGACGUUCGCCAAGCUGUUCGUGCGGGUGACGCAGAAGCCGAUCGACUUCGAGAUCGUGGAGCGGUCGUUCGAGGCGGUGCCCGCGAACGCGCCGUCCGUCGACAAGUUCUACGCCUCGCGGAAGAUCGGGCAUGUCCUCUACUACAGCCACCUGGACGAGACCACGCUGAAGAAGCUGGCUAGGCUGAUCAUCGGGGAGCCGCUGCAGAGCAAGAACUCCGAGGAGCUGUUCGGGGAGAGCCAGAAGGGCUACGAGAAGGGCAAGUCGCGCAGCACCGGCUCGAAAGCGCCGGUGGUCCGACGGUUGAUCGUCGACGCGUCGGAGGACGCCGCGGACUCGCUGACGGACUACGAGAUCGAGCUGGACAGGGAGGGCGAGAGCGGGCAGGACUACGAGUUCCUGGAACCGAGCCGAGCGGCGAAACCCGGCGAGGCGGGCUGGGAUUGGGUGGACCUGCCUCUGCCGUCCUCCUCGUUCGUCCAGGUGCUGGCCAGCCUCUGGGAAGGCCUCGAGGAGACGUACCUCGAGGACCUGAAGGAGCUGCUGUUCCUGAAGAGCGUGCACACGUCCGGCAUCGUGCCGUACAAGAGCAACCUGGAGAAGAACCUGCGGGAGUUCGUGAAACGGCCGGACAACAAGCAGGACCUGCUGAACGACUUCCAUCUGGCGUUCAACGACCUCGACGACGACGCGAGACACGACUCGGACGUGAAGUGCGAGAUGCACCGCAGGCUCGCCGACUUCCAGGCGGUGCUCUGGGAGACCUGCGACAAGCGGAGGCAGGAGGCGGAGCGGGAGCGCGCGCGGUUCAUCGACGACGAGUGGACCGUCGAGGAGUCCGCCGUCCUCUACGACGUCUACGUCGGCAUCGUCCAGACGGAGCUGGACCGGUGCAUCGACACCGUGCACACGGUCCUCGAUUACUAUGCCGGCAUGUCCGGCAAGCCGAUGCUGGACCCGCGAUUCCCUAAAAUCGUCCUGAAUCAGACGCAGAUGAUCGUCGGCCUGCCGGAGGAGCAGUUCGCGAAGCCGAUCGAGGAGAAGCCGGCCGAGAAGAGGACUUCCAAGAGGGCCAAGGUCAAGUCGGACUCCGCAAAAACGUCCGUCGUAGUCCCGCUGCUCCGCAGCAGUCCGCCGGUGCUCGACACCAAGCUCCUGCAGGAGCAGAUCCGGAAGCUUCUUGCGAACAAAGAGGAGGCGACGAGAGAGCUGCGCGAGUUGGAGAUCGUCAAGGCGAUCGAGAGGAACGUUCAAUACGCGAAGGGCGUCGCCGACGAGGUCGCCGCGAUGGUCGACCGCGCGGUUCAAGUGCAAGGCAGAUUGCGGGACUCGAAGAACGUUCCCGUUCCGAUCGACUCUGGGCGCGAUGCCGAUCUUGCUCUCGAGCGGAAAUACGCUACCGAUUACGAGAUCCAACGGCUGCGAGCGAGGCUGGACGCGAUCGAGGCAGCCGCUCGGAAUGAGUUCGUUUUCCUUCUGGAGACGAUGCGCAACGCGUUCCACAAGAUUUACGACGACAUUUUGGAGAGAUAUUGGUUGGAGAUGAAGAGCGUCAACGACAUGGCCACCGUGUUCUGCUUCGCGAUCGAGGAGGGCAGGUAUCUCGAGAAGGAGAUGCUGCUCGACGCGGACCGUUUCAUCGUCCGAUCGAACGUGCUCAUGAGGGAGGUGCCGACGAAGAAGCCGGAAUCGUUGAAGGAGACCGAGACGGACACACGGUUCCGCAUGGCUCAGCUCUCGCGGUUGGCGGAGGUGUUCAGACGCGUGGCUCCGCACGGGAUCAUGCCGGAGCGCGCCUUUGUGCUUAUUCUUCAAGAUCUGGUCGGCCAUGGGCUAGAGGAGGGCGAGUCGAUGGUGCUCCCGUGCUGCUGGUACAGGUUUCGACCGGCGGACGUCUGCAUUCUCGUUCGCAGAUUGUUCGGCACCACGAGCCACGUCGACUGGCGGGAAUUCGUGAUCUACGCGAUGGAUCUGCCCAUGCCGAGCUUCCGUGACAUUCUAAUCGCCAGGGACCGGUUCCGCAUCCAGGACUGCGACCUGAAGGAGGUGGUGUCCGUGGAUCAGUUCAUCUGGACGCCGCUCUGGUUCCUCGAAUGCAUCGACAUGCCGAGGCGGGCGUUCGAGCUGCUGAUCGACAACUUCCAGUACAACCACGAGGAACUGUACGAGGAGGAGCUGUUCCGGCUGGAGCGCGACAAGUUCGACGUACACUUGAGCAAAGUCAGCUCCGACGAUUAUUCGGACACCGAUUGCCUGCUCACCGAGGAGACGCUUCGUUUGGUCCUGGCCAAGGAGCUACUCUGCAGGAUGUACACGAUCGGCAGGCGCACCGUGAACUACACCGCCCUGCUGUUGGCGUUCUGCAAGGACGAGGACCCGCGCGAAGGCUUUGGGAAGGCUCUAGCCCUUGCGAUCGGCACCAGGGUCUGCACCGACGUCGAGCAAGGGGAGAGAUACGUCGAAGAGCUCUACCAGCGGAUGCGUUACCGACACACAGCGACACCGGAGUCCUCCUCCACCGUGGAACAGCAGAGGAGCGGGGCAGCCGUCAACGAGGUUUCGGAGCGACGAAGCAUCGACAAAGUUUCGACGCCAGAUUAUCCGACGUACGAGUCGUUUUUCGGCGAGAGCGACUACAAGUUCCGGGCCUCCGACCACGAGUCGGUCGAGUAUUGGGCGUCCCUCGACGUUUGUCUCACCACGUUGUGUGCGACGCUGCCGUCUUUCGUCCUGAGCCCGGAGCUUCUCGGCAAGCACAAGAACCUGCGGGACGCCUUGACCGAGGUCUACGGAGAGCUGAGGGACGACGAGCUGGAGGAACAGGAGACCGCUGCUCUGGUCCACAGGCUGCUGAAUCAUCGCUUCAUGCGGCAGCUUUUGAACAGCACGACCAAGUUCACCGUCAAGAAUAUGGGCAAGAUCGUGGAAGAGAUUCUGAGAUCGAGGCGGAACGCGGCGGGCUAGACUCUCGAC